GGUAUUUUCCCUCUCUCUGCAGUAUUUUCUGUAGCCGCCACCAUUCCGUGCUGCAAGGCCGACCCCACAAUGUCUUCCAAUGGAGACCUCAGCGACCUGGGGAGCUCGGACAGCUUCUGGGAGCCGGGAAACUACAAGAGGACGGUGAAGCGGAUAGACGAUGGCCACCGGCUGUGUAAUGAGAUGGUCAGCUGCUUCCAGGAGAGAGCGAAGAUAGAGAAGGGUUACGCUCUGCAGCUGAGCGACUGGGCCAAGAGGUGGAGGGGCGUCGUGGAGAAAGGUCCUCAGUAUGGGACGCUGGAGAAAGCGUGGCACGCCUUUAUGCAGGCGGCCGACCGGCUAAGUGAGCUGCACCUGGAGCUACGGGAGCGCCUGGUGGCAGAGGACAGCGAGAUGGUGCGCAACUGGCAGAAGGACGCCUACCACAAGCAGAUGAUAGGAGGCUUCAGGGAGACCAAGGACGCAGACGACGGCUUCCGCAAAGCACAGAAACCCUGGGUCCGAAAACUGAAGGAGGUGGAGGCCAGUAAGAAGGGAUACAAUCAGGCCAGGAAGGAGGAGUGGACGGCGGUUACCAGGGAAACGCACGCCAAGGCCGACCCGACCAAGUCGCAGGAGGAAGUUCGCAAAUUCACGAUCCGGGUGGAGCGCUGCAACGAGGAGGCAGAGAAAGUGAAGGAGCGCUACACGAAGGCCCUGGAGGAGCUGAACCGCUGUAACCCUCGCUACAUGGAGGACAUGGAGCAGGUGUUCGACCUUACCCAGGAGGCCGAGCGUAAGAGGCUGUGCUUCUUUAAAAACGUCCUCCUGGACAUCCACACACACCUCGACCUGUCCACCAAAGAAGGGUUCAACGCUCUCUACCGGGACCUUGGUCAGACCAUCCAAGUAGCCAAUGACACGGAAGAUCUUAGAUGGUGGAGGAACACCCACGGGCCGGGAAUGAGCAUGAACUGGCCCCAGUUUGAGUCUAUCACGUACAAUGUGUUGGAGCGCUAG